AUGAUGAAUAAAACCUUUACAGAGCGACUCCAGUUUGAGCAGAAUUAUAAAGGUGGCGAUUGCGAGACGAUCCACUCAAAUGAACUCCAAUCUGAAGAACUUCCUAUGGAAGUAGUACAGUUUGGUGAGAUAGAAGACCUGAGAAACUCGAUAGCCAAGUUCAUUGCUAUUUACAGCCAGAAAAAUUUACCUCAUGACGAAAAUGCUUAUGCGAAGGUUUUAGAGUGGCAGAAACGCCUUUCGAACGAGCAGCUCGCUAUUACGGACGGAAUAGGCGCUGAAGUUAAAACAGAGACGCCGUAUAUGAAGCAGAUGCUCGCCAUUGUAAGCAGACAGGCAGGAGAAUUAAAACAAGAAAAUCAGGCUAUACAUAACCUCCAAGCAGAACUGGACAUGGCAAGGGUAACCGCCGAGAACCAACGGCAAAAAGCAGAAUCUCUCGAACGGCUCGAAGAGAGCUCAUAGAGGUGAAGAAGCAGUUGCAGCAAGAACGAAUGGUUACUAAGGAUCUUGAAGAAAGGCUAAAAACAGCACACAAUGCCAGGCAAAGAAAUAUAGAACUCGCAAGCACCCUCAAAAGUGAACUAGGUGCAGCCAAGGCAGAGAAUGAAAUACGACUCCAGAAAGAGAAGACGGUUACUCAAACAUUACGGGAAAAGGUAGAGCGAAUUUGCAGCCUGGAAAAACAAUUAAUCGAUUUAGGAACUGCGUUAAAAAGGGCGGAUAAGGGACAAGAGGAAUUGGAGAAGACGAAACAAGAUCUAGAAGACUUGAACCAGAACAUGAAGUCAUCUAGGGAUGAGGCUUAUAAUAGGCUUGAUACCUCCAAAGAUCAAAUCUUGCGUCUGAAAAAUUAUCUGAAAGCAGCUAAUUCCAUACUGAAUAAGAUGCAUAAAAAAUUCGUGAUUGAUAAUGAUGAUAAUGAUGAGCGUAUCAAUGCUUUGAGGAGUCAACUAUUUGAAACGAGAAGUCUGAUAGAUCUAGAGAAAAAGAAGGCCGAAACCGAGGCUGAGCGGUCAAGGAUCCAAGCAGUAGUAGCCAAGGCAAAGACUUCAAGCAGCCAGGAUAUCGGGGAAUUGUUAAAGCAGGAAGAGUGUAUUAAGGAGAGUCUCCUACAGAUUGAAGAGAAAAUGGUUAACACAAGAUUAGAAGUUUUGAGAUAUGCAAAGCAUAAGCUACGCUUCGAAAAUUCUAAGAUACGUCCCCAGGAAAGUGUUAAUUACGUACCUGUGGAAGACUUCACGAAGAAAUUUGAGGAAUUACGUGGUCAGAUCGUUUAUUGCUUUGUAAACAAGAUUAUGACGGUGGUAGAGCUUGGGAAAUACAAAGACUUCCUAGUAAAUCCAAAGCAUCUUGCUGAUAACGGGGAGUUCUUCUACUGUAGCCAUGGUCUACCACGAAAGAGACGUCGCGAACUUAAUGAUACGAAUGAUAAAGAUACGAGUAAUAAGCGGCAGUGGACAGAUAAACAACCAAACGAACAAGCUACCCAGGUAAGCCAUAAGUUAUAGCAUCGAGGACGAAGGUCUAUGUAAGUAAGACAGUUUCCGACGAACCCGAGGCAAGAGUGCCUACUAGCCAGUGAACGUUACAGAAUUCCGUCUUGGCCAACGAUUAGGUGUUGGAACUACCGAAGUGGAGCCUAGCCCCGCCUUCUAUGACUGA